AGAAGGAAGGGCAGGCGAAGUCCAUUAGCCUAAGGAGGGGCCGUGGUGAACUCGGGAGGAGACGUCACGUCACCUGCCGGCCUGUCAGUCUUCCGCGAAAAAGCUGGAAGCAAACCGUGAAGAAGCAAAGCCUCGAUCGGCCCCAAUCUCGGAUUUAUCCUCCAUGGCGCUAAGGUUACCUAGCAGACUAUUUCUGCAAUGCAGAGGCAGUGUCACAAACUUCUGUGAUACUCGAGCACAGAGCACAAGUGCACCUGUGCCAAAAGAAAAAGAAGGGAAGCCUUUGGUAAAUGGAUCAAAAGUUCCAAAAGCCCAGUUUGACUGGCGUGAUGCCCUACAAUUAGAAAGACUCCUGACUCAGGAGGAAAUAAUGAUGCGGGACUCAUUUCGUGCCUAUUGCCAAGAAAAGUUGAUGCCCAGGAUCCUUAUGGCCAAUCGAAAUGAAGUCUUUCACCGGGAAAUUGUGUCAGAGAUGGGGACUCUUGGUGUCUUGGGCCCAACCAUCAAAGGUUAUGGCUGUGCGGGGACCACUUAUGUUGCAUAUGGACUCCUGGCCAGGGAGAUUGAGAGGGUAGACAGUGGUUAUCGGUCAGUCAUGAGUGUUCAGUCAUCUUUGGUGAUGCAUCCUAUAUAUGCAUAUGGGACAGAAGAGCAAAAGCAGAAAUAUUUGCCAGGCCUGGCUAAAGGAGAGUUGCUGGGCUGUUUUGGGCUUACAGAACCUAACCAUGGAAGUGAUCCUGGUAGCAUUGAGACUCGGGCCCAGUACAACCCUUCCAGGAAAACCUACACACUCAAUGGUUCCAAGACUUGGAUCACUAAUUCUCCGAUGGCUGACCUAUGUGUAGUGUGGGCUGUAUGUGAUGAUGGCAAAAUACGGGGCUUCCUAUUGGAACGAGGAAUGAAAGGUCUUUCUACCCCAAAGAUUGAGGGCAAAUUUUCACUACGGGCCUCUCUUACUGGGAUGAUUAUUAUGGAAGAUGUAGAAGUGCCUGAAGAGAAUCUACUACCCAAAGUGUCUGGACUUGCAGGACCUUUUGGCUGCUUGAAUAAUGCACGUUAUGGCAUCUCCUGGGGAGCACUGGGUGCUGCUGAGUUCUGUAUGCAUACAGCCAGGCAGUAUACUUUGGAUAGAAAUCAGUUUGGAGCUCCUUUGGCAAGAAACCAAUUGAUCCAGAAGAAGUUGGCUGACAUGCUCACAGAGAUCACUAUUGGGUUACAGGCUUGUCUGCAACUGGGGCGCUUGAAAGAUGAAGACAAGGCAACUCCUGAAAUGAUCUCUAUGCUGAAACGGAAUUCCUGUGGGAAAGCCCUGGAGAUUGCCCGGCAAGCUCGUGACAUGCUAGGGGGCAAUGGAAUUGCAGAUGAAUAUCAUGUCAUCAGGCAUGUUAUGAACUUGGAGGCAGUUAACACAUAUGAAGGGACUCAUGAUAUCCAUGCUCUCAUCCUUGGCAGAGCUAUCACUGGACUUCAGGCAUUCACAGUUGGGAAAUAAACACAUUUCUUCAGUUUUCUUCUAUAUGAUUCCAGUUUGGAAGAUCACUCAAGAUGGUUUAUGACGUGGGAAUAUCUUUAUAAGAUGAACACGACUGCUUCUGCUCACCAGACUGUGAUCAAAUUAUUCAGUUCAACUCAAUUAUUUGUAAGCUGAAACAAAUCAAGCAUUUGAAAAUUCUCUGUUGUUCACCAAAAGUACAGAAAGAAAUUAAAAGUGCUGCGUUAUGUUAAACGAAAAACUUUUUCUAAUUGGUAGAAGGAUAUCACUAUAGUCUAGGAAAUGUUUUGGAAUUGUCUAAUUGUUUUUGAGGCAAACUAUUUUGGUAAGUAACUGUAGAUAUUUGAUUUUUAAAGCUGACUGCUUUAGAGUCCAGUCACAGCCCUGAGAUCUAUAUCAGCGUGGAUAAUCUACAAUUUAUAGUUUUAAAAAAUCCAGGUAAGAUUCCUCUUUUUGUGUAAGAGGAACCUGUAAUACUUGCAAACACAGAAGAUGAAAAUCAGAAUUUACUACCUACUCUGUGCUUUUCCUGCCCUGUGACAUAACUAGUUGCUGUUUUUAGUGCCUUCAUUGACAGUGUUAAAUAAAGACUGAUUUUUUUUAUAUUAGCACACAUUUUUGUUGGUGGGUUAAGCUAUUUCAGCUCAGACCUUUGCCCCUUUGAAUAAGAUCCCCUUUGUGCUUUCAAAAAUAAAUUUAAUGUGAUGAAUUUCCAACAGUAGUUUGUGUAGAAUGAUUAGUUGAAACCUGAUAUUCUAAUACUAGCGAGGAGAGAAAAUUAGGCUUUCCUGUGAGCAGUUCUUUCACAUCUUUACUAGCACUUAAAAUUAUUUAACUCUUUGGAUAGGAUUAAAUAGAGAAAACAGCCCAUUUCUACCCAAUGAGACUGUGAGUGGCGGUAUUUGUCACAAGUAUAGUGACAAAACUUAAAAGGGCAUUGAGUUUUGCCACUUGUAAGAGAACACUUGAAAUUGUCUUUAUUUAAAGCAGUAAAGUACUAUUAUAGCUUUUGGCUGUUACACUUCUGCUGCUGUGGUUAAGAAUUCAGAAAACAGUGACUGAAGUAUGGCAAUUCCAAGUUCUUAUUGCUAGAUGAAAUGUAAUGAGUGGGGCUUGAAGAUUGAUUCAUAGUUUUCCAAAAUCAGUGAUAUUGGGUUAUAUUUUGCAAUUGGCUAUGAAUUUUAUGAUUUCAUAUGGUUCUUAACUGUGUGUGUGUGUAAUCAGCAAAUUUGUCCCUAUCAUCAAAAUUCAUAUAUAAUGUAUAUUUGGAUUCUUAAUUCUCUGUUUUUAAUAUGCAGUAUGACUUUUAAGUGUUUCUUAGCAUGUCAAGUGUUUUGUUCGUUUAAUCUAUGUACUGAAAUUAAUUGGUAAUUAAUUUUAUUUUCUAAAACAGAAGUUACAUUAUGGAACAGUUAAGGCUGUAAGACAUGAGGUCUAAUCUCUGAGCCUUGGAUGUGGCCCACAGAGACCACCAAAUAUUGCCACCACAUUAUAAAAAGGAAAAAAUGAUUAUAUUUAAAGACAACUUAAAUGUAAUCGUUUUUUUUAUCCUGGCCCCACAGCUUCCUUAUCCCUGAUUUUGGGAGUAGAACUUUCAACAUACCACUCAAAGUUAAAGUAAAGAUGUUAGCUUAAGAAAAGUUGUGUAAUCAUGAGCCAAGAAAUCAAUUUCUAAUACUUAAGGAGCACUAAAUAAGAUGCAAAUGCAGAGAUAAAAAUGUAUGAUGUUUCUAAUUAAAAGGACAGAUAUGAAAAGA